AUGGCACCACCGCCACUUGUUACAGGAAUAUCACCCAAAGAAGGACCACCUGGAACAAAAAUAACAAUUCGUGGAGAGAAUUUGGGCGUAAAAGCAAACGAUUUAAUAGGAGUACAGAUUUGUGGUGGUGAUUGCUCUUUUGAAUGGCAAUCACGUAAUAAAAUUAUCGCUAGAACUGGAAUAAAUGGAACAAAAGGAAAAGGUGAUGUCAUUGUUACAAGUUUGAGUGGUGGAGCUGGAACUUCAACAGUUCAAUUUAGAACUUACACAGAAAUGAUAGGACCAUUGAAAGAGUCGGCUGUGUGGGUUGAAGAAUCGCCGGUUCAAUCACUUGCUUGGGGACGUAGAACAAUGGCACCAUCUGGAUAUUCGCAGGAGGAUCCAUUGGGCUUAUCUAUUGAAGGAAAUGAAAAGAAAUUCCCAGACGAUCUUCGUGAAAUCUUUCCUGAACACUCUGGCGAUUUAUCUCGUGAAAAUUUCUCGCCUUGUUGGUUUCUUCUUGAAAAUCAUCACGCGACGUCGUUUGACGAUCUCAAAGCUGGUUACUCUUUUUUGAAAAGGAAAGUUGAAGGACAGAAGGAAGGACAAUUAAGCUUUCUUAAGACACAUGUGUCAGCUGUCAUCGAUCAACUCGACACGCUGAUGAAUCUUAAAACAAAGAUGGAAAUUGAAGGUGAAAUUGAUUUAGCAAAACGAGUUAACAAUCUUCAAGGAACAAUUGAAAAAUCAAUUGAAUCGUCGCACGAAUUGUUUGAUGACGUUUUAAGCCGCAGAGAAAAAGCUGAUAAAGCGAGAGCAGCACUUUCAGUCUUGAAUCGCUACAAAUUUCUUUUCUGUCUACCGACAAACAUCGAGAAGAAUGCGUCGAAGAAUGAAUUUGAUAUAAUCGUUAAUGAUUAUGCUCGUGCUAAGAAUUUAUAUGGAAAGUCAGAAAUUCCAUUAAUUCAGAAAGUUCUGGCGGAAGUUGACGAAAUAAUUCUGGAAAUUCGUCGUAAGCUUCAUCAGAAGAUUCAAGAAAUGCCACAAGGUGUAGAACAACAAAAAAGAUUUGUCAAAUCUUUGAUAAAUUUAGAAAUUCAACAAGUUGGAACGAUUCAAUCUGAAAAGUUGAAGAUUGUCGAUCCAGCUUGGGGUGCGAUCGAAAGUCGAGCUCGUUACAUCGAACAAACAUUCAAGAACACUUACGAAGAGUUUCAAGAACGAGAAAAUUCAAUGAAAGAUAAUUCGAAGAGAGAUUUAAAUGCGCCGCCAAUUCGUGUCUUAUUUUGCGAAGAAAUUACUGAAAUUGCGACUGGACAAUUUCCUGAUUUAUGGCGUUUAGGCCAAUCUUACUUCACUGGUGAAUUGCGAGGAAUUAACGAACCGAAACCAGGAAACUUCAAACAAAUCAUUUUGAAUGCAAUCGAAAGAUUUUGCAGUUACGUUCGAGCAGCAAUUUUACCACAAAAUCAAAAGUUUCAAGCAGUCGCUUCAUGGGCAUUCACAUCGUCAUCACAACUUCAACAAUUCAGCACUUGGUUGCCAACAUGUUUGAGAUAUUUGCGUGUUUCUUAUGCUUCAUUGAUUCGUUUGGAUUUGCCUGGUGAAGCACUCGACAUUGUGUUGAAAUUGAUUGAUGAAUUGCGACUUUUCUGCUUGACGACGAUUCUUAAACGAGCGAUUGACAAAGUUAAGAAACUCCACGAAAAGGAAACGUGGGAAUUGACUGUGCCAGAAUUUCCUGGUGCAACAGCGUUGCCUUCAAAACUUGAAGAAAUUCUUGUUGAAGUGCUAGACGAAGGUCAACAAAUUUGCUUAAUGAUGGAAGUUCGAGAAAAUCCGCUUUUCGACACACCAAAUUCUGAAGGUCAUCGAGAAGUGGCUAAGAUUGUUGAAACAAUUCUCAGCUGCUUCAGCAACGUCGUCGAAGAACUUGCAACAGAAAGAUCUGAUGAUGAAGUUCAGCACAUGCCGAAACAGUUGAUUGGAUUCCCGACAAAUUCGAGUUUACUUCCACAUUCGAUUAAUUUGACUGAAGCAAAGUCGACGAUAAGUUCAACAAUCACAAUAACUUGGGAACAUCGUUUGCUUUGUUGCCUUGCGAACUCAGCGUAUUGCAAUAAAACGUUCAUCAACAGUCUUGGGAAUCUUUUCGUCAAAUUCGGUUAUCCAAUUCCAAAGUUGGCGCUUGAGAAUUCUCGAACAAUCGUCAACAAUGUUUUCUCGAAUCUUCUUGAGAUUUACGUUGAACACAAGUCAGAUCCUCUUGUAUCGACGAUUGAACCGAGCAUGUACAUCGUCUCACAUUUCAAAUGGAAUCGCGUUGAAAAAUUCGAUAACUUAAGUCCAUACACACACGAAUGUCUCGACAAUGUCGUGUCGGUUUAUUCUGAAAUUUUCGCCGUUUCACCAUUUUUAUUGCGACCAAUUCUCGAGCAAAUUAUUCAAACAAUUGCAGAGGAAUUGGCGAGAUUAAUGUCGUGUGUUGAAGAGUUCAAUGUGAUUGGAAAGAAACAAGCAACACUCGACAUUCGAAUGAUUCGAGACGUGUUGAGAGUUUACAGCAAUGAGAGGGCGAAAGCUUCGUUCAAUGAAGCACUCGAAUCGAUUCCAAAAUUAGCAAAUGAUGAAAAUCGAGAGGUUGAAAAUCUCUUGGCAAUAAUCAAACAACAAAUGAAACUUCAACUGAUGUGCUUGACGGUUUUAAAUCCUUAAAAAACUUUCCUUGAAUAUUUAAAUCCACUCCAUUUAUUAUUUAGAGUAUUCCUUACAUGUUAAUUAUGUUAUUAUCAUUCAGUUUGUUAUAAAUAAAUAAAUAUGCUUACGAUAAUGAAUAAAAAAGUUGAAUGAAGAAAAUUUGAAUUGAAAAAUAUUUGAAGAGUUUUGGAUGAAGCUUUGAAUGGAACUAACUUCAAAUCAACAACGACAAGAAAUGUUGAGAAAUAAGCCACAAAAUAUCAUCCAGCGUCUC